AGAAAGAAGAAGGAAAGCUCCAAGGACAGCUUAACAAGUGUGAUUCUAACCAGUAUAUUAGGGAACUGAAAGAUCAGAUAGCAGAGCUGAAUCAUGAGCAGUCCACAUCAGCUCAGGUGCCUAAAAGGCCAGAGGGGCUUCUCAGGCCAACCCCCUUUUGAUGGGAUCCACAUUGUCAACCAUUUAAUAGGAGAUGACGAAUCAUUCCAUUCCUCUGAUGAAGAUUUUCUAGAUAAUUCCUUACGGGAGAGUGGCGUUGGUUUUCCUUUGCACAGAAAAUCUGGCCCCAUGUCUUUGGACCCCGCUGUGGCAGAUGGUAGUGAAAGCGAAACAGAAGACAGUGUGCUGGAGCCCAGAGACAGCGAUCGAGUGGCUCAAAAGGAGCGACCCCCAAGAAGAAAAGAGUCAUACUCAACCACUGUCUGACCAUCACUGUGAACUAGACUGUGGAUUUUUUUAAGGGAUCAGUUAUCAUAUGAUUAUUAAGGGUUUUUGGAACAUAUCUGUUUCAUAUGUACAUAUAUAUAUUUUUUUCAAUCUUAUCUGCCUUUUUAUCUUUGCCAAAUCUUCACCACUGACUUACCAUUGCCAUAAAGUAGACUGGAAUAUGGUUAAUGGGAAAAAUAAGGUUCUAACAGUAUUACUGAAUGUUAGUGUUUCUUGUUUAGAAAAUGCAAUUAUAUCUAUAUAUUGGAACCAUUUGAAGUUCAAAACUAUGGAAAAUUGAAUUGUCUUCAGACAAAACUGCUCUUGUGCAAUAUUUUAUGCUCAGUAAACAAAUUGUAUAUUUAUGUUUAUCAGUUUGUUUUCAGGGCAGCUGUCUACAGACAUUUGACCAAGACUUACAUUUGAUUUAUCUUGUGUUUUUGAGCUAGGGGUAUUUUUGUUUUCAAUUAAAAUAACUGCUUUAUUAGUGGGCCACUGAAAGUUCCCAAACACAGUGUUUUUUUCCAUUUAACUUUAUAAAUACAAAUUAAUGGUUAUCUAGCUUGAGAGUUUUAAGUUUUGUUUGAAUUUCUAAUUUUUAUGUGCAUAUGAUACUUCCAAUAUAUUGCUUACCAGUCAGAGCAGUAGGUUAACUACAAAUAUAUUGUCUUUUUGUACAUAAUUUAUAAAUCUCCAUCACCUGACAUUGAACAUCAUUUUAUAUGGAGACUGUACAUGUUGCAAAAUGACUGCCUUUGGCAGUUCUAACAGGACUUCUGUAAAUAUAGAUUCAAAUUGAAAAUAAAACCAAACACUAAUAUUUUAAUAGCUUUAGUAUUUUGCUUAGCAUUCAACACUAGCAAAUUCAUAACUUAACUGAUAACUUGUUCAGAAACACUAUUGGUGAAAUAUUUUACUUCGUGUGUAUGUAACUAAUAAAUUUUCCAUAAAGAG